UGAGCAGCAGGAGCCCUUACAUCACGAUUUGGAACAGAACAGCUUCGCCAUGGAGCACGGGCGCAUUUGCGAUGCUUCAGGACUGGCUUUCUAUUGGGUUACAACAUGGUAGCAUCAUUGGCCCACGGCGCAACACAUGAAUCAAAUGGUCAGCAUACCGGGGUCCCGCAUACGACAGCACAUCAUCAACAUUGUUACACGGGAUUGGCAGCCUUUCUUGUUGGAAAAGGCUUAGAUUUUCACACACCACACACCACUAUCAGCACAGAAGCGCGGCCGCGUUUGCAUUGUCAAGCCUGCCAGACUUGUUGGAGGUUUCCGGAAUCCGAACUGUUUUCGGUGGAGAUGACAGGGCGCAAGCUUGAUGGUUUGGGUCUUUUCUUUUUCUUUUCUUUUUGCGUCUCUUUUAUGAUCGAAUCCACUUUUGUCACGAACAUGUUGCUGGGCUAUCAGUCAUUUACAAGGAAAAAGAGCAAGGGGCAUGUGGGAGCGCGUUCGGGCGUCAAUCUACCGAGUGUCUUGUGUGUCGGUAGCAGAUAUUCAUUGCGAGGAACUACAUUCAGAGGCGGAGUCAUUUUUCCUUUUCCAUUUACUUCUUUCACCGCGUUUUCUCUUCUCUUCACCGCUGCCGUUACGCCCUCUCCCUUUAUGCCCUCCAAGGGUCUCCAGUACAGCGCACCUCUAUGUGGUUGGUUCGCUCAUUCGCUGUUGUUCAUGCUUGCCCAUUCCCUUCAAAGCGCAGGUGUCGGGGUCUCCCGUCACAAGCUGGGGCUGAUGUGGCGGCUGGCAGAAACUUGACAGCCGGAGGAGGAGUAUCUUGAUCGCCGAGGAGGGGAACAGGGGCAUACGCGUGGUUGAGAGCAGAAGAGCCGUCCCAAGGGAUUUUCUUUUCUUCUUUUUCUUUCUUUUGGUUUUCCCCUGCGCAUACCUAUUUGUUCUAUAUUAGUUUUCCAUCUAUGGUCAUCUCCUUCUUUAUUAUAAUCUCAUCACUUCGUGCUCAAAAUUUUGAUCAUGGCCCCAAGCGUGAUAUAC